CCCCCCCAAAAAUGGCCAAAACUAGCAUUGGUUUUUAUUCAGUUUUUUGUAUAUUUAUGCUAUUUAUGUCAUUCUUUGGUCAGUCUUAUGGUCAGUUGAAAACUGGGUUUUACGCUGGAAAAUGUGGGACAAUAAACGCGGAGCAAGUUGUGUACGACAUUGUCCGAGCAGCUUUCUUUAAAGAUAAAACAGUUGUAGCCGCUCUUCUUCGAAUGCAGUUUCAUGAUUGUUUCGUCAGGGGAUGUGAUGCGUCAAUCUUAUUAGACGGAAGCAGCUCAGAGAAAAAAGCAGGAGCAAAUGCAAGUGUUAGAGGUUAUGAACUUAUUGAUGCUUGUAAGUCAAAACUGGAGGAAAUAUGUCCAGGAACCGUGUCUUGUGCUGAUAUCAUUGUCAUGGCUACUCGAGUUGCAAUUAACCUGGCUGGAGGAAAGUGGUUUAGUGUGGAAACAGGAAGAAGGGAUGGUACCAUUUCAAGUGCUACUGAAGCUUCAAAUAGCCUUCCAGGGCCAAGUAUCCCAGUUUCUGAUGCGGUUUCUUUAUUCGCUUCCAAAGGCUUGAAUGCUACUGAUUUUGUGCUCCUCCUAGGUGGUGGUCACACUGUUGGAGUAAUUCACUGUAACUUCUUCCUAGACCGGCUUUACAAUUUCCAGAACACCGGGAAACCAGACCCAACCAUGAAUACAACCACUCUCACGUUCCUAAGAUCAAAAUGCCCAAGCACUGGAUCGACAAACUUCGUUUUCGCAGACCAAACAGUCGGAAGUGAAUUUAAGGUGGACAAAGGUUUCUACAAUGCAAUUAAGCUACACAAAGGUGUACUCCAAAUUGAUCAAAGGAUUGAACAAGACACACUUACUGCUACAACUGUCAACAGAUUGUCCUUGACUGGGGACUUUGCCUUCCAAUUUAGUGAUGCAAUGGUUAAGCUUGGUAGGGUUGGAGUCCUUACCGGUUCACAAGGCCAAAUCAGGACCAAUUGUCGUCGUAUAAACUAGCUUCGCUUUUUUGUCGAGUUUUUACUGUUAGUUGAUAAAUGUGUUUUUCUUUUAAAUCUCUCAAAAAUUUAAGUUUAUGGAUGGACAGUUUGUCAUCAUAUCAUGAAGGGAUUGUUGACAUAAGAGUUGAUUCCUUCAAUAGUGUAUUGUAGACAUAACAGUUGAUGCAAGUUCCUCUUGUGUAAAACACAAAUGAAGGAACACAAUAGAUAUACAUGGAGCUGCUUUUUGUUCAUAUUUUUGGGUUACCUUUUUUAUGACCAGGUCUGAUGUAGAUCCUGUGUCCGUGUUUGCGUUAU